AUCACACAUUUCAAUCUGCAUCUCAUUAGCACAAUACAGAGAGAAGAAGAAGAAGAACCAUCAUCAAAGUUUGUGAAGAAGGUCAUCAACAUUCUGCAACAUAUUUUCAUCAGAAAACCCAACCAAAGUUAGCUAUGGCAUUCCAAGCAGAAGAUCUCAACCUUGAAGCCACCGAGCUCCGAUUAGGCCUCCCCGGCACCAAGGAAACCGAGCAACAAAAGACCAACAACAAAAGAGCAUUGCCAGUUGAGCAUGAGUCCAAUGCUUCUUCAGCUCCCAAGCCUCCUCCUUCCAAAGCACAAGUAGUUGGAUGGCCACCGGUGAAAUCAUACCGGAAAAACUGUUUCGAGGCGAAGAAAACCGAGGGAGAAAGCGGUGGGAUGUUCGUGAAAGUCAGCAUGGAUGGAGCUCCUUACCUGAGAAAGAUGGACCUGAAGGUUUACAAAGGAUAUCCAGAGCUGCUCAAGGCCUUGGAGGAGAUGUUCAAGUUCAAGGUUGGUGAAUAUUGUGAGAAGGAACUAGGGUACAACAACAGAUCCGAGUUUGUGCCAACUUAUGAAGACAAAGAUGGGGACUGGAUGCUUCUUGGAGAUGUUCCAUGGGAGAUGUUCUUCACUUCAUGCAAGAGGCUGAGAAUCAUGAAAGGUUCAGAAGCCAAAGGCUUAGGUUGUGCGGUAUGAUCGAUCCUAGCUUCGAGAAGUACGUGAACAAAUAUAUACACAUAUCGAAGGGAUCGAACAAACUUUCGGCUUGAGCUUUCGAAGAAAUUUAACAGAUCGAGAUGUCAUGGUCUUCCUUUUUUGUGACAGAAUGAUCAGAGGAAAAAAUUGUCAAAAUUGGAGGAGAUAAGAAGGAUUUUCAUGUAAAGUUUAUUUUGUCAUGUCCUCUUUCAAAGAGUCUUUCAAAGAGAAAGUGUAGAAAGAAUAUAUAGAGAUGAAAGGUUGAACAAUUAAAUGUUUCACAAUUUUCUUUUCAUUACAUCAAACAAAGGAUCAUAUUGUAC